ACUCCCUCCAUGGUCUGUGCGUCUAUCUUCGUCUCGACUGGUAUCGACCCUGAGAGCGUAGCAAACAACAUACCGACUCUCCAUACUCUCGCCUCCAGCGACCUCUGUCCACCAAGCUUAGGGUCCGGGCAAGCCAAAGGAUUCAUCCCCUCACAAUACAGGCGAGCAUUCGAUACUAUACUGUCCUCUGCGUGGUACAGCUUUACGGAACCUCGAAACAGCAUUAUCCGAUAACUAUGGCCGAAAAAGGAGGCAUCGACGCCCCUCGGGAUGUCAAGCUCGAAGUUCAGAUCAAGUCGGCGGACAUGACGGAUGAUAUGCAGCAGGAGGUCAUCGAAGUUGCUCAGGAGGCAAUGGCCAAGUUCACCAUUGAAAAGGACAUUGCUCAGCACAUCAAGAAAACCUUUGACGAUCGCAAGGGACCGACAUGGCACUGCAUUGUUGGACGCAACUUUGGAAGCUUUGUCACGCACGAGACGAAGCAUUUCAUAUACUUCUAUCUCGGCCAUUGCGCCAUCCUCCUUUUCAAGACGCAAUAAAGGGCUGUCAUGGCCGUCGGUGGUCAGCCUGGAAGGGGUUUGAAUUUCUGCUAUGGCGCUAAUCAUGGGGGCAAGGCAUCAUUGACGACUCUGCGACGGAUAAAAAGGUAGAUAAAAAUGCGAAGGCGAAAGACCCGAGGUCCUAGUGGGGGAACGAACUAGUAGGUAUGAUAUCGACCUAAGAUAUCGGCACGAUGUUGUGUCCAAGCGUCUAUCCUCGAAGUCCAACGGCGGAAAACUCCCCUCGAGUCUACAACGCCUUCUUUU